GCAUCGCGGCCGCCACCUCAGCGGCGUGGCCGCGGCGGGAAAGGCCCCGCGGGGUGACGUCACAAGGCGCGACAGCGAGGCGGAAGUGGAGCGCGUCCGCCGCGGCGGCACUCAGGACUUUGAGGCAUCCACACGUUUGAGUUUUGGUAAACCCCAUCUCUUGUUACCUCAUCUUUCAGCCUCCUUGUUUUUGAGGCAAUGCCCAAAGUGAAGAGAAGCAGGAAGCCUCCCCCAGAUGGCUGGGAACUGAUUGAGCCCACGCUGGAUGAGCUGGAUCAGAAGAUGAGAGAAGCGGAGACUGAGCCUCACGAAGGGAAGAGGAAAGUGGAAUCCCUUUGGCCUAUCUUCAGAAUUCAUCACCAGAAAACACGUUACAUUUUUGAUCUCUUCUAUAAAAGAAAAGCUAUCAGCAGAGAGCUCUACGAAUACUGCAUCAAGGAAGGAUACGCUGACAAAAACCUGAUUGCAAAGUGGAAGAAACAGGGUUAUGAGAAUCUUUGCUGUCUGCGGUGUAUCCAGACACGAGAUACCAACUUUGGAACCAACUGCAUCUGUAGAGUCCCAAAAAGCAAGUUGGAAGUGGGGAGAAUCAUUGAAUGUACUCACUGUGGAUGCAGAGGCUGUUCUGGGUGAAGUAUUUAGACAAAGGACUUCUUUUUCAGCUUUGAGAGGUAUCGUCCUAUACUAUGAACUGUUCGUGCAGUUAGAACUACUGUGUGUGAUUGGCUCUUUCAUAUUCACCUGGAUCACAUGCAUAAAUACAAUGGCUGUUGUUUUGGAUUAGUUUUCUGUGUAGCCCUUUGAUUUUAAAAUAAACUCUAGCUUCCUGAGAA